CCUCAAACAUGUGCGUCGGCGCCAAAAACAACCAAUAAGCUCAGUUUUCAUACACAGGCCCUUCGCGGUUUGUCAUUGCUCUGCAGUUACACCAUACCACAGGAAAGAUUGGAUGUGUUGCUUCAUCACAAAGCAACUGGGGAUGCAGGCCGACAAACCCAAUGAACAUCAUCAUUACAGACACAAGAAAUAAACGUAUAUUUCCUGCACCUUCUUUGAUUACACCCACCACUGGUAACUGGUAUGAACUGCCUGGAUACACCGAGAACUCUCCUAGUAUCACGUUUGCUGUACCAGGCUAUCAAUGGUUGUAUCAUGGUCAGAUAUUCAGAAUCUGGUACGGAGAAGAUCUGGCGAAUAAAUGGGAAGACGACAAUCAUGGCCAGACUUGUAUGAAUGUACGCGUUUACGAAAGUUGAGAAAACUUAUUUACCUUUUUUGAAACUUAGCUGUUGUAAUCAGAAUAGAAUAGUGUGAAACAUAGUCUCUUUAGUUUAACGUUGCAAUGUGCAAUAUUAUCGCUUUGGAAUUAAAAUAAAAUGUGCAUGAAAAA